AUUUGAAUCUGGGGCGGGCGUAGCGGACGACGUUCACGGACGUCGACUACGAGAGCAGAGUUUGUUGUGAUUCCUUGGCUCAGUUUCUCCAGCUCGUUUUUUUUUCCUAGCGCAAAACAAGUGCGGCGCUUCCCCCUUGCGGUGGGCGUCCGCGCGGGCCCAGGGCUCGGCAGCCGUAGUCAGAAUGAGUCUGCAUAUCUUAAAUGACGAAAAUGCCCCCAGUGAAAAGAGUACAGAAUGCUGUGACUUCCUGUUUUCACCACCAGAACUUACCGGAAGAUCCUCUGUUCUUCGUCUGUCACAGAAAGAAAAUGUACCGCCCAAGAACCCCGCUAAAGCCGCCAAGGCAGAUGAGGCCACAGACCCAAGUCCCCAAGAAGAAGCCACUGGCCAAAUGGUCAUCCAUUCAAGUCAUGACUCCAUAAGUCUAGAAUUUGACUUCUCUGAUGCUACAACCAGCACCACAAAGGUAUCUUCACCAAGACCUGGCCUCCAACCUCUCCUGAAGAAAUCAGAGGCCAGCGAGGAGCAUUCCCCCAAGGAAACAGAAGAAAGAGAUGGAACCAGAGAGAGAAAUGAAUGUCCCCAGCCUACUUCCUGGGGCUCUUGGCACCUUAACUGGGAGAAGUUGGAUGACCCAAACUUCAACCCGUUUGGAGGUGACUCCAAGUAUAAUGGCAAAAAGGCUAAGCUCCCAGAAAGUCCCAAGAACAGGUUGGCCUUGCCUGUGGCUGAGCAGCAACGUGCUGGGCCUACAGACGUGGAGAGCUCUCCAAGCCACCAGGUGCCUUUAGCCCCAGUGGAUGAUGUACCUGUGGUUCAGAUGGCAGCUGAGAUCCUAAGAGCAGAAGGCGAGUUCCAGGGGGGAAUCUUGAAUUCCUCAAGCCUUUCAGCUUUCACAAGUUUUCUGGACAAUGAGCUGAGGGCCCCUCCUAUUGAGCCAGUGCUAGAGCCUCUCCAUCAGAGACCAGAGCCUGUCUUGGAUGGCGAACUGGUGACCCCUCCUAUUGAACCAGUGCUGGAGCCUUCCCAUCAGGGACCAGAGCCUGUCUUGGAUGGUGAGCUGGUGACCCCUCCUAUUGAGCCAGUGCUGGAGCCUCUCCAUCAGGGACCAGAGUCUAUCUUGGAUGAUGAGCUGGUGACCCCUCCUAUUGAGCCAGUGCUGGAGCCUUCCCAUCAGGGACCAGAGCUUAUUUUGGACAGUGAGCUGGUGACCCCUCCUAUUGUGCCAGUGCUGGAGCCUCUCCAUCAGGGACCAGAGCCUGUCUUGGACAGUGAGCUGGUGACCCCUCCUAUUGUGCCAGUGCUGGAGCCUCUCCAUCAGGGACCAGAGCCUGUCUUGGAUGGUGAGCUGGUGACCCCUCCUAUUGUGCCAGUGCUGGAGCCUCUCCAUCAGGGACCAGAGCCUGUCUUGGAUGGUGAGCUGGUGACCCCUCCUAUUGUGCCAGUGCUGGAGCCUCUCCAUCAGGGACCAGAGCCUGUCUUGGACAGUGAGCUGGUGACCCCUCCUAUUGAGCCAGUGCUGGAGCCUCUCCAUCAGGGACCAGAGCCUGUCUUGGACAGUGAGCUGGUGACCCCUCCUAUUGAGCCAGUGCUGGAGCCUCUCCAUCAGGGACCAGAGCCUGUCUUGGAUAGUGAGCUGGUGACCCCUCCUAUUGAGCCAGUGCUGGAGCCUUCCCAUCAGGGACCAGAGCCUGUCUUGGACCCAAAAGAAGAGAGCUUCAGAGACCCAGCAGAAGUUCUAGGCACUGGUGCUGAAGUGGAUUAUCUGGAGCAGUUUGGAACUUCCUCGUUUAAGGAGUCGGCCUGGAGGAAGCAGUCUUUGUACUUGAAAUUUGACCCCCUUCUAAAAGAGAGCCCUUUGCGGCCAAUGCCAGUGGCCCCUGUGACAAAUAGUACACAGGAUACAGAGCAGUCUGGUUCUGGAAAUCUGAUAGAAGCCAAGCUUGUUGACCUAGAUUUCUUGGGAGGUCCGGAUGCUCCUGUAUCAGCCCCACCCCUGUGUGUUCUUGAACCUAGAGGUCUCCUUCCUGCUGAACCUAUUGUGGAUGUGCUGAAGUACAGCCAGAAAGACCUGGAUGCAGUGGUGAAUGUGAUGCAGCAGGAGAACUUGGAGCUAAAAAGCAAGUAUGAUGACCUCAACGCGAAAUAUUUGGAAAUGGGGAAGAUCGUUGAUGGGUUUGAGAAGAUUGUGUACAAAUCAAUGGAGGAAGCUGAGAAACAGAAGGAACUAGCUGAAGACAAAAUCCAAAAGGUUUUAAAAGAAAGAGACCAACUUAAUGCAGACCUGAACUCCAUGGAGAAGUCCUUCUCUGACCUUUUCAAGCGGUUUGAGAAGCAGAAGGAAGUGAUUGAAGGCUACCAGAAGAAUGAAGAUUCCCUGAAGAAGUGUGUUGAGGAAUACAUAGUGAAGAUUGGAAAAGAAGGCCAGAGGUACCAGGCGCUGAAGGCCCAUGCAGAAGAAAAGCUCAAGCUGGCAAAUGAGGAGAUUGCCCAAGUACGGAGCAAAGCCCAAGCAGAGGCACUGGCUUUCCAGGCAAGCCUGAGGAAGGCACAGAUGCAGAUCCACUCACUGGAGAAGACUGUGGAGCAGAAGACUAAAGAAAAUGAUGAGCUGACCAAAAUCUGCGAUGACCUCAUCUCCAAGAUGGAGAAGAUCUGAUCACAGCCAGCUAUCACCAUCCCUCUUUUGUCUGUCUGCCCAUUUCCUUGUCUGUCUGAUUUCUCUCUUAUGUCUAGUUUAUUUAACGUCUUUUCAUUUCUAAGUUACUUUACUUUGAAAAAACUAAAGUUUAAUUUCAAAUUGAAAGUCAA